CGAGGAGGCGGGGAUGCGGCGCUGAUGCUGGUGCUGAUGCUGCGGGCGGCGCAUGGGCUCUGAGAGGCUCCGGACCCAGCGCCAGCGCCCGGGCACCGAGCAGACGGAGGAUCCUCAGCCGCGCCAGGAGUAACAACCCAUCAUGACCAAAGACGACUCAGCCGAGCUUCCCUCCGAGGAGGCGCGCCAGCCGCUGGAGUUCCAGAGCCCCGUCCUGGAGCGGAGGAAGAAACCCAUCGUCCAUCCCUCCGCCCCUGCACCCUUGCCCAAGGACUAUGCUUUCACUUUCUUUGACCCGAACGAUCCGGCUUGCCAAGAAAUCCUCUACGACCCCAAGACCACGGUCCCGGAGCUGUUUGCCAUCAUCCGCCAGUGGGUCCCCCAGGUGCAACAUAAGAUUGAUGUCAUAGGCAGCGAGAUCCUGAAGCGCGGUUGCCAUGUGAACGACCGGGAUGGCUUGACCGACAUGACGCUGCUUCAUUACGCCUGCAAAGCCGGGGCGCAUGGUGUCGGCGACCCUGCUGCUGCCGUCCGCCUCUCCAACCAGCUGCUGGCCCUGGGGGUGGACGUGACCCUGCGUAGCCGCUGGACCAACAUGAACGCGCUGCAUUACGCCGCCUACUUCGACGUGCCUGAGCUCAUCCGCAUCCUGCUCAAAGGUUCCAAGCCCAAAGUGCUCAAUUCGACCUGCAGCGACUUCAACCACGGCACGGCCCUGCACAUCGCCGCCUCCAACCUGUGCCUCGGGGCUGUGAAGUGUCUGCUGGAGCACGGGGCCAACCCUGCUGUCAGGAACAGCAAAGGGCAGGUGCCGGCCGACGUGGUGCCCGACCCCAUGGACAUGACGCUGGACAAGGCCGAGGCCGCCAUGGUCGCCAAGGAGCUCAAGCAGCUGCUGCUGGACGCCGUCCCUCUGAGCUGCAACCUGCCCAAGGUCACGCUGCCCAACUACGACAACAUCCCCGGCAACCUGAUGCUCACCUCCCUGGGCCUCAAGCUGGGGGAGCGCGUGGUGGUGGACGGACAGAAGCUGGGCACCCUGCGUUUCUGCGGCACGACGGAGUUCGCAAGUGGCCAGUGGAUCGGGGUGGAGCUGGACGAGCCAGAGGGCAAGAAUGAUGGAAGCGUUGGAGGAAUACGCUACUUCAUUUGCCCUCCGAAGCAAGGGGUUUUCGCCUCUGUGUCUAAAAUCGCCAAAGCCACAGACCAGAUGCCGUCAUCGGUGACGUCCACCCCAAAAACCCCCCGCAUGGACUUCUCCCGCAUGACCGGGAAGGGCCGGAAGGACAAGAAAGCCCUCAGGAAGAAGUCUCCCUCCGUGGGCAGCCUGGACCGAGAAGGGCUGAAGAUCGAGAUCGGGGACCAGGUGCUGGUGGCGGGGCAGAAGCAGGGCAUCAUCCGGUUCUACGGCAAGACGGACUUUGCGCCGGGUUACUGGUUCGGCAUCGAACUCGACAAGCCCACGGGGAAACACGAUGGCUCGGUCUUUGGGGUCCGGUAUUUCACCUGCUCCCCUAAACACGGAGUCUUUGCCCCACCUUCCAGGGUCCAGAGGAUCGGCGGCCCCAAAGACUCCCAGGGAGAUGGCGGUUCGGUGAAGAAGGUGCACCAAGUCACUAUGUCACAGCCAAAGCGCAACUUCACAGCAGUCAGGACUCCAAAAGACAUCACGUCAGAAAACUCCAUCUCUAGAUUACUCUUCUGCUGCUGGUUCCCCUGGAUGCUGCGUGCAGAGAUGCAGUCCUAAGGCCUCGGCGCGCGCCUCUCCCGUCCUCCGCUCUGUCCUCCGUUCUCCAACUAACCGAAAGACUGCUCUCCCCGUUGGGCUCUCAUCCCCCCUCCACCCGCCCCCUGAGUCGCAGUUCUAGUGAACCCCAGUGCCUUGGUACCAUUGAACGUCGCCCCCUGUAGUCCGCGAGAAAGGCUGCACUAACCCCCCCACCCCACCGCGCGUAUGCACCCCACGCCCCGGGUAGACGUGACAUGGGCUUGGAAGCUCCCCUCUUUGAUUUCUCCCCCCAGGGCACAGUGGCGUGAACACAAAGCCUCUUUGGUACAGAUUUGCCCUCUGUGGUUUUAUUGCUCUGAGCCUGACGCUCGGGGUCAGGCCGAUCCAGGAUCCCCAGAACCUGGCCCUUUGAGUUGCUCCCCAGCUAAACUUAAUCUAACCUGGCCUCUCUCUACAUCUCUGUAGCAGUGCGGACAGGGUCAGGUUAUAACACUCCGACUGUGGAAGUAAUGAUCCUCCCCAGCUUAAGCCGCCUUUUUCUCUGGGAAUCAUGUAAUGCUCACCUUCCAGGAUCAAUGCUAUUCGAUUGCUCAGUUCCUUCCAGGGAGGAGAUCUGGCUUAUAGAAACUGGUCUCGUGUUGAACCUUAAAGAGCAGUGAGAUUUGGGGGGGGCCCUCCUCUCUGGAAGUAGUAAAGGCCCCCUUCUGAGAAAGCCCCUGUCCCCCGGGAUUCACUCUGGGGCCCACUGUUCAGUUACCAUGGGGGGAAAUCCGUGCAUGAGCGUAUUUCCAAGGUACAUCAGCACUUACUGAGAUUGCUAAACAUUUCCCUUGAGACACAGCUGCUCCAAGGACCAACUAAUGUUGGCUUCAAAGGUUGGAGCAGCUUGUACCAGGGUCGGGGGUCUCUUAACACGGCGGUUGCCCGGUGUUCCUCCGUCCCUCUUUCAUUCUCAUUGAUUUGUUCCCCUCCGUGCAAUCGCUCUUUAUUCGCAGGCAAACCUGCCGGGCUGUUUUCCUUUUGAGCUGUUUAGAAAAAAAAUUAUAUUUUUAAAAGAAAAGGACCCUUAAUAACUAUCUUAAAAGAAAAAUUAGCCAUGGAUGGCAUGUUGAUGGUCCCCACCGAGCCGAAGGUCUGUCUAAACGUGAAUUUUGUCCUGUUUAACUCUCCCGGUUAACGCAGUCCAGUCCCAGUCCAGUUAAAGCACUACUAUGGAUUUAUACUGGUAUCAAGGUGCUUAUAUCAGUCUAGCGGAGAGGAAGGGGAAGAAACUAUACUGGCUACAAGACACCUUUAUCCUGGUAUAACUAAACCCUACACAGGGGUUAUAUCAGUGUAACGGUAUCAGUAAAAAAACCCACACCUUUAGCCCACACGCUUGUGCCAGCACAAAAUCUGUGUGUGGAACUGGUGUAAGGGAAUGAGGUGCCCAGUUCUCUCCUAGUGACAACCCCAGCCUUGGUAAAUAGCCAGCUUUGAUCCAGUGUAACCAUGCAGUUUGUAAAGGUGCCUCAUCCUGUGACAGCUUGUUCCCCUUUCUGUGUGGCAAUAGCUAUCCUGGUGGAAGCACACAGACCCUGGUAAAACUGUGUCCACACUAGAGGGGAGUUGUACCGCGUUAGCUGGUCUGGUCCAGUGAAAGGGGUACAGUGUUCGGGGGCAGGUCUCAGGAAUGCUGGGAAGCCGGAGGCAUUUGGGGUGUUGACAACCGCCUCUGAGCGGCUACUUUGGGGAAUGAUGGAGAGCUCCCUGUCUGAGUGGCUGGGCUCGGCUCCGGGCAGCAGAAAGUACCGCAGCCUGCUCUCGUCGGGGGAGAGCUACAGAUAGUUGGCUGGGUACUGCCCAAGACAGGGCGUGGGUCAUUGCUAGAAACCAGGAACAGCUGCAUAGAAUCUAUCCCUCCAUCCAUCCAUCACUGUAUCCUUGGAUCCAUCCAUCUUAUCCCUCCACCCAUGCUUCCUGACCCCUCUAUCCUCCGAUCUAUCCAUCUUCUCCCUCCACCUCUCCAUUCUUCUCCCUCUAUCCUCAGAUCUAUCCAUCCAUUCUUAUCCUUCCCUCCAUCCGCCACCGCCGCUGCCAUGUCCCCUAAUGUCACAAACUGGGAAAGCGGGAGAAAACGACUGGCCAACCUGCUUUCUCUGGGGUGUCCUGUUAGUAAGCAGAGGUAGCCUGGUCCAGUGGGUAGAGGUGGGGAAGCCAGGACUCCCGGGUUCUAUUCCUGACACUGGGAAGGACAAGGGAAAAGGAAUCCCAUUCACCUGUUCUAUUCCUGACACUAGGAAAGGCGCGCUGGGCAAAGGAAUAGAAAGGCAGGACUCCUGGGCUCUGUUCCUGGCAUUGAGAAGGAGCGUGCCACUGACACUAUGGGCAAGUCCCCGUGCCUCUGUGUGCCUCAGUUUCCCCCAUCUACAAAAUGGGGAUGAGGAUAUUGACCCGCCUCACUGAGGGGUCAUGGAGCUGGAAUAACGAAAAGGCUUUGAGCCCCUCAGAGUGGCAGCUCCUCCUGGAAACACAGCGCAGGAUCAAGUGGUGAAAAAAGGACCAGGGUACUUUAAAACACCUCCAAGUGGCAUCGCUGCUUGUGCACCAGGCCGGAAUUCUAACCACCUUCUCCAGAUCCUCCAGCCUUCUUCCAUGUCUUUCUGUUGCAUUUUGCGAGAGCUGGGAAAAGCCAGGACUCCUGGGUUCUAUUCCUGCCACUGGGAAAGGAGCCUGGGGAAUAGGAAGCCAGGGCUGGCCCCUAAAGCUGCCCCCACACGCAUCGCCAUCCCUAUCUGCUGUUAGCUAAACACACGCAUAACCUCAUCCCCUCAGCUUCCUCUCUAGCCCAGUAAAAAGACCCCCCCCCCGCUUUCUCAUUUUCUUUUUACUAGCAAUAAACCCUCCCCCCUGCAAUUGUUCAGCUUCACCCUGGUCGCGAGGGGGUAUCCUGGGCCUUCCCCCAUUUCAUCCAGACCCUGAGUCACCUCAGCCGGGCCCGUGUUUCUGAUGCUAACCGUCGUCGGGGACCGGUGUCAAAAUACUAACCUGGCCCCAGUCCGGCUCGGACUCCUUUGCAGUGGUCCCCGCCAUGGCCUCAGUGUUUGUAUAAUAGAAAUCACACGUCGGAUGGAGUUUCUUUAACACUAUUUUUAAAAUUUGUAACCCAUUCUCCUUGUAAAUUGUUUAGCGAGUGGCUUGUUACUCCCGCUGACGAUCUCGCUGUUAACUCUGCAUGCCUUGUCUCUUUCCCCGUCCAUCCAGGAUCUCUGGAAAACUCAGCAUGAGAAGAAAUCGGUAUGCCUCUUGCUUAUCUGUCAUUAAUAAAGAGUGUUUCUAUGUGCAUGGUG